UCAGUAGCGACGUGAGACAGUAAUUCGGCCGAUGUUUUGAUCGAGGAUGACAGGAGUAAAUGGAGAUCUCUCUCUUUGUUAAAAAUAUUGAAAGUAAAGACAUUGUUGGUGUUUGACACCAGUGUAUCCUAAGAUGGGGAACUGUUUGAAAACGCCUAGUAAUGACGACAUCUCUCUGUUGCGCGGCAGCGAAGGUCAAGAAGUUCCAGACAGUCUGGGCCCCCCUCCUCCAUAUCAGGAGAGGCAAAGGCCUUUAGAAAGGUCAAGGGUACCUGUUUACCACCCCACUCCAAAUGUCAGCAGACCCGCAAACCAGCUGACAGAGGAUGAGCAGAUAAAGAUUGCUAAACGCAUGGGACUUAUAAGUCACCUUCCAUUAGGAGUUUAUGAUGGAAGCUCGAAGAAGGGCAAAGAGUGUGCAAUAUGUAUGUGUGAUUUUGUGUUAGGAGAAUCUCUGCGAUUUUUACCGUGUAUGCACAUCUACCAUAAAGACUGUAUCGAUGACUGGCUGAUGCGUUCAUUCACCUGCCCGUCAUGCAUGGAACCAGUGGAUGCGGCACUGCUCUCCUCAUACCAGUCCAACUGAUCUGUGUGUAUACGUGUGUGUGAUACAGACAACAAAUUGUGAUAAGGAUAGGGAAUCUUGCCAUGUUCAUGGAUUUCCAUGGGAUUCCUCGUCUCAUUGAGUUAACAUUUAAAGUUACUGUUCGUUCAUUAUCAGGAGAAUUUCAUAUAACUAAUUUCUCCCAUGCCCUUGAAUAGAAGCAGUUUUCUGUUGUUGUUUUUUUUGGUUUAUUUAUUAUGAUUGUUUUCUUCUUUUUUUUUCUUUUGUUAUUUAAUCUAAUUUAAGUUUUGGUUUAUUUAUCACCAAUUCAUGUAAAUGAUCUAUGAACAGUUACAUAUUCUUAGCUUUCAUACAUGUAGCUAGUUAAUAGUGUCUGCUGAUCCAGGUUUUAUCACUCCCAUUCUGUCAGUGAAUGACCUUUUAUGCAAAGAUAAAAGUAUGAUGAUUGCAUGUAUGUAUAGAGAUAUUGAUGACAAAUUAAUUCUGUACUUUGUAUGGUAAACAGAUGUUUUUAAUUAUUCAUGUGUCUGCGAACAGUAGCUGUGUAGGCUAAAAACAAAACUGUUACAUAUUUUAUGAAGUUUCAGAGUUCCCUGGUAUUGUAGUGUUUGUCCCUCUCUUGUGUUCAGUUCAUAGACAUAGUAUUAACACAAUCAUCAUUAGAAGUAAGGAAUUAUGUUAUUCUGUCAUAGUUGUGUGAAAUGAGUAGAAAAUUAGCACAUGUGAUAAUUAUAGAGUGAUUGAGCUGAAACAAUAUUAAUUUUAAUGAUUCAUUAAAAAUCUGUUUAUUUAUGAGGAUGUGUAAUAAAUUCUUGUGUAUAACUGGGGAAAAUAAUGGGCUCCAUUUCUGAUACAGAAAAAAAUGAAGGAUUUGAAGUUGUAGUUGUAUGUAUAUGUAUGCAGGAGGGAAUUAAGACACAUUAACAUUAUAUGUGGCAUCUUGAAGCUUGAAAAAUUAUUCAGGCUUUAAGGGUUCAUUUUUCUUCUUCCUGAUAUGUGAUCCUUUUCUGCACUUAAGUUGUGUAUAGAAAUAUAUACUUUAGAAUUGUAUUCAUAGAUGGUUUAAUUUACUUCUUCUUUUUUUGAAAUUAGGCAAUCCUUAGCAAAUAGCAAUUAGUCAAUUACAGUUUAAUCAACAUAUUGAGUUGAUUGCAUGCUUCUUUAUGCAUGAGACUUAAUUCCUAAAUUUAUAGAUCUAGAAAACGUCUUUUCAAAGAUUUCUGGCUACAGUGCGAAGAAUAUUUCUUUUCUCUCAUACCUCGAGCAGGCAGGCAUGUGUAUGUAAUAUAGAAAAAACCAUGCAAGAUACCUGUGAGGCAAUUAUCUAUCUUUGAAGUUCAUAUUAUGUAUAAUUAGCAUUCUAAAUCAUCAUGGUUGAGGUUAUAAAUACAAAUUGAUUAUGACACCAAGAAUUCAGCUUGUAAUAUAAUCCGUUUUGUUUAUGGUGAAAAGCUGACUUCUAAUCAUUCUAAGAAAAUGAAUCUCAUGGAUACAUAUAAAAUGUUAUCAAAUUCAAGUAGUUAAAUUUAGAGACUCAAGAUGGCUGUAGAAAUAUCUUGUAUAAGAACGAAAGAUAUCAGAAAAAUACACGUGAUACACUACAAUAGAAGAUGAUUCAAAUCCUCACAAUUGUAUGAAGAGAUCAAACUGUAAUUAGUCAGAGCCUGUUAUUCUAAAAUCAUCAUAAGAAAUGAAGGAGUCCUCAAUUUAAAUCAUCUGAAAAGGAUUUUGUACUUUCCUUAUUUUGCUUCCAAUAUCUGCUUUAUUGUUUGACCAAAACUUUUUUUUUGCCAUCCAUGCUCUAUUGGAUACUUAAGAUGUCCAAUGGUCUUAGUGUAUUUGUAUUUUAUUUACUUCGAAAAGUUUUAUAUUAUUAUUAUUUACAUUGCAGUACAUGUAGAUUUAUGAUACUUUUAAGCGUACACUUUUCAAAAUUGUAAUUGCAUUUCUGUAUAUGUAUAUGGUCUCUAUAAUUAGCCACCUGUUGCAACAACUCGUAGUGUCUGAGAUGAGUUCUUGAAAUAUUAAUGCCCCAUGAUGCAAGAGAUUAAGCUGAAUGAAUAUAAUUUUAUUCAAAAAGUGCAUUAUCAGAAUUGGAUUUAAGGAAAUAACUGAAAAUAUAAAUACCUGUAAUCAUGGAAAUGUUUACUAGUACUUACCAAGGUUUAACAUUUGACCUAUGGAGCAAGUUCACUAAAAUUUUGCAAGGUCCUUCAACAUACAAAUGUAUAGUGGAAAGAAAAGCUUGUACUGCUGACAGCUCAUAGAUGAAGUAAAUUGAUUCCUAAUUAACAGAUGUACAAAUGUCGAGUGGGAGAAAUUUGGAGAAAAAUUAAGAUCUAUGUCAAGAAUUUUAGUCAAUUAUGUAUGUGUCACACAAAGAAAUUGUGCAUAAAGAAUUGAAGUAUGAUCAUUUUUGUAGGUUAAUUCACUUGAAAUUAAGAGGGCCCUUGAGAAAUUGCAUCAAGGUGAAUCUGUAGUCCAUUGAUAAAGGUUAACUGUGAGACAGUCAUAAAUAAAAAUGAAUUUAAAUGAUACACACACAUGUGAAAGAACAUGUGGUAUGUAUGAUUAAUAGUAGUCACACACUUGAUUCCAGUGUAGCUGGAUACAUGCACCCAUGUUUAACAGAAGGAAAGUCCUUUUCAGCUGAAAAUAUUAAAGAAUUUAGGAAACCAAACAAAAUAUAAUUUUUUUUCCCAAGCUGUAAUGGACUGCAUCAUACGGUCCUCUCAAGAAAUUGAAUUUUGUCAACAGUUACAGUAAGGUGAAUAAUUAUUACACAUUACUGAAAACAUGUAACAAAGUUAGAUUGUGACAAACUGUCAGUUGUAUGAUAGAAUAAAUUGUUAGAUUGUUACUUAUUUAUUCAGUUUGUCUAACUGUUCUCUGUGUCACGUGUAUAAGUGUGUGCAUUUAUUAUUUCAUACAUGUAGUAUUUGUUUUUGCUGAUUUAGCUGCAGUGCUUGUUUCAUGUACCUCACACAAAAAUACUAAGACUUUGAAAAUCUGGUAAAUGAAAUGUCUAAAGAUCAUACUGACCAGUGUAUGUUUUAGUUUAGAUGUUUUUUCUUCAAUAGUGAUAAAACUAUAAUGAAACCAAAGCUAGCUUUAUCAAAUUUCCCUUGUUUGAAAUACAGUAGAAUCAGAUACAUGUAUUUAAAAUUUGAAAUUACUAAAGUUCAUCUGUUGUUCACAUUUCACAGAAUACUUAUAUACAUGUAUAUGAACUGUUAAGUUUUCAUAUGAACGUAGUCUACUUAUUUUGAAUAGAUAAGUAGCUAUUAGGUUGUUAAUGUUGAUAAAUGCCUGAUUUUACAUUGGGACAAAGAUCUCCACAAUAUGUAUGCAGGAAUUGUACUGCCACUGACACGAAUAAAUUACGUGAAACUGA